AUGAAUGAUUGCGGUAAAGUACAAGUGACCGGAGAAAUUGUACAGCCGAAAUAUUAUCGAAUCAAUGCGACAUUCAUUGCUGAAAGAGAUCCAAUUCGAAAUGUUAAAAUUGAUGCAACAUCAACCGUUUAUGCUGUUGUACAAAUUGGUUUACGUGGUGGCAUUUUUCAAUAUACAAAUGCAUUAAAAAUACUUGGAAAGCCAUCACAAUUACUUACAUUUGAUGAAGCAUUCUUUUGCUAUCGUGGAUCAACAUUAAUCGAUCAAGAUAAAUGCAUACUCUGCGAACCUGGUCAUUAUCAUAGUCUCUUAUCAAAGAGAUGCGAGCACUGUCCACGUGGCUACUAUCAGCAUCGAUCCGGUCGACCACGUUGUAACAAAUGUCCCCAAGGCUAUACGACAUUAGCAAUUGGAUCACUUAAUGUUACCGCAUGUGUUGUAGAAUGCUCUGCUGGUUAUUUCUUGAACGAAAUAACUGAUAAAUGUGAACCAUGCGGUUAUUUGGCUUAUCAACCAAAUUCAGGCUCAACAUAUUGUUUACCAUGUCCACAAAAUACUGUUACAUUAAGCAUCAAUUCAACUUUAAUUGAUCAAUGUAUUGAAAAUUGUCCAGCAGGACAGGAACAUUCAUCUGAUGGUGGUUGUAAACCGUGUCAACGUGGUUUCUUCAAAGAAUCAAAUGAUCUGUUAUGCCGACCCUGUGAUCCGGCAUAUAUCACCGAAUCGGUUGGUUCAGUAAGCGAGAAAUCUUGCAUAUUACCAAGCUGUCAACAAGGAUACUAUUUAAAUUGGUACUACAAACAAUGCUUGAAUUGUAGCUAUGGUUACUAUCAGGAUGAAAUUGGUUCUAAUGCUUGUAAACAAUGUCCAUCCGGUACUACAACAAGGAUUCUUGGUGCAACAUCAAUUGAAACUUGUGUUUCAACCAAUCAAUGCGCAAGCGGUGAACAUCGAUGUCACUGGUUAGCAGCAUGUAUCGAUUUACCUGAUGACGAGAAUAAGCCAGCAUAUAGCUGUCGAUGUCAACCAGGUUUUGUUGGAAAUGGAUUUACCUGUACAGAUAUUUGUUUAAAUUUAUGCUAUAAUAAUGCGGAAUGUAUAAAGACAUCACGUGGUGAACCACGAUGUAUCUGUAAGCCAGGCUAUCGAGGAUUACGUUGUGAAAUUAAAAAAUGA